AUGUCCCCCGAAACCAACAACAUCAGCAGGACCGAUUCCAGAGCAUCUUCAACACGCUCCUCCAUCUUUGCUCGCGCGUCCGGAUUCGUCCUGGGUUCCUCCUCACGACGCAAUCCGCACACAUCCACUGGAGCUCAACCCAAACCGUCCUCGUCUACUCCGACACCGAGUCCAAAGAUGUCAUCUAACAAUGGCACCUUCGCCGACGACUUCAACAGCCAGCCCGGGUCCAGCAGUGCUGCCGGGCCACGCAAGUUCGACCACAUCUUCCCCGCUCCCGACCCGAGCGUCCAAUUGACGCAGCCAGCGCCGCUCUCGAAUUCGCAACAGGACAAGUACGAUCAGAUGCUCCAACACUUCAAAUCUACCACUGAGUACCCCACCAGUCUCAAGUCCAACGCCGACAAGAAGCCGCUGGAUGAAGUCGAGAUCAUGCGCAACCUGUCGCGCGAGUCGAUGAUUCGAUACCUUCGUGCGACCAAGUGGGAUGUGGCGGCGGCCCAGAAGCGUCUCACCGACACCAUCGCCUGGAGGCGCGAGUACGGCGUCGACACCUUCAAAGCCGAAGACCUCGAACCGGAAGCCAUGACGGGCAAAGAGACCAUCCUCGGCUACGACAACAAGGGUCGACCACUUCACUACAUGCACCCUUCCCGCAACACGACCGAGGAGACUCCUCGUCAGAUGCAGUUUGCCGUGUGGAUCCUCGAACGCGCCAUCGACCUCAUGCCGCCCGGAGUGGAGAUGCUGGCGCUUCUCAUCAAUUUCGGCGGCCGCAAGCGCAACCCGACCUCGAUCAGCAACGCCAAGCUGAUGCUCUACAUCCUUCAGAACCACUACGUCGAGCGCCUCGGCAUUGCGCUGUGCAUCAACGUGCCAUGGAUCUUCAAGGCGUUCUGGAACGCCAUCUAUCCGUUCAUUGACCCGGUGACCAAGGGCAAGUGCAAGUUCGACGAGGCGAUCAAGGAUGAGGUGCCCAACGCGCAGCUCGCCUCGGAUUUCGGGGGUCUGCUCGACUUCCCCUACGAACACGACACGUACUGGCCGCAGCUGGUCGAGCUCACCAACCGACGACGCGAGGAGCAGAUGGAGCGCUUCCGUACGCUGUGCAAUUCGGAGAUCGGGGCGAGCGAGUGGGUGAUCCGUGGCGGUGAUGAGCUGGGUCGAAGCACGAAACCCGAGAAGCAAGAUUCGGGCUUCGUAGAAGCCGGCUCUCCCGAAGCGGAACGCGCGGCUGCCAAGGAGAAGCCUUCGCCGCUGUACAUCUCCCCACCCGGCGAAAGCGCGCCCGAACCGGUCGAGCAGUUCUACACAUCGACCAACGAGCUGCCGCCCACGAUCGCCAACUCGCCCCCCUCCGACUCGGGGACCACCGUGGUGCACGACGAGUACCACCCGUCGCCCGCCGACGUGGUCGAUCUGCAAGCUUCCAUCCCCGUCGUAUCGGGCACGAUGAACAAGAACAAGCACGGCGACGCCAACCUCUUUGCCGCCGUCGUAGGCGGGAUCGGCGCCAGUCUCGGUCACAAAGAUGCACACAACGCGGCGGAUGAGGCGGGCAAGCACGCCGACAAGGAGAGUCGCGGCCACGAAAAGCACCCCGCCCUGAAGCAGAUCAAGGCCGUGUUCCACAGGAAGUCGGAGGACAAGUCGCGACCGGCUGUGUCGGCAAAGUAG